AUGAAGAUAGCCAAUGGGUAUCUUGUUGAGGGAGUUUCUGAGAGGAAAGACGAUGUCUUUUCUCAUCCUUGGUGUUCAAGUAUUGCUAAAGGUGAUUCCUUUGACUAUGGGAGGAGGAACAACACUGGAGAUUCUGUUGAUAUUCUUGAUGUUUUGCCUUCUGAUCCUUUUGGCAUGGAUAUCAACAAUACUUUCACUGCCAUCACUGGAUGGCUUGAGGAUCUGGAGGCUGAUUAUGGGAUGAGAUAUGAGAGUGGGGUUGGUGAUGGAAACCACCACCAGCUCUUUGCUGGGUUGAGUUUCAUUUGGAAUAAUGCAAUGCGGUUUCAGGAGUUUCCGGAGAGUGAUGGGUGGGGGUCGUUGAACGGGUUUGGUGAUGGAUCUUGUCAUGGUGCGGCCUUCGUAUCUGCACCAGUGAGCCUCGUGGAUGUGAGGGAUGGUGGCGAAGUUGCAGAAAGCAGUGGUCGCUGCAGCAAUGAUGGAGGAGAGAACGCAAACGUUCAUCCAGCGUUUGGUUUUUGUCUUUAUCACUUGGGGGUGAAGGAUCUUCUCUCAGUUAGUAUGGUUUGCAAGUCGCUGCAUAUGACUGUCUGUGAUGACUCGCUACUGUGGAGACAUAUCCACAUUUCUCAACCCUUGAAUGAGAAGAUCAAUGAUGAGGCUCUUCUGCAGUUGACCGAGCGUGCUCAGGGCACUAUGCAGUGUUUGAGGCUCGUAGAUUGCUCGAGAAUUACAGAAGAUUGUCUCAAGCAAGUGCUAGAACGCAACCCACAAGUAGUUAAGCUUGGCGUGCCUGGAUGUAUAAGGAUCACAAUCGAUGGUGUAAUGAGCAUCUUGAGAGAUCUGAAGUCUGCGGGAAAGCUUCAAGUGAAGCAUUUGGAAAUCGGUGGCCUCUUUGGAGUUACCAAAGAUCACUAUGAUGAACUGUUUGGUUUGUUAGACAUAGACGAUGAUGUGGAGCAGUCCAUACAGAAGCCACGUUAUUACCAUAGAGGAUACUCAAGUGCAUCCUGCGAUGAUAACGAGGGGAUAGAUAUUGAGAUGUGUCCAAAGUGUCAGAACUCGAGGCUUGUGUAUGACUGUCCAGCAGAAGAUUGUAAAGGGAAGGAGGAAUGUCGCGCUUGUUCUCUUUGCAUACAGAGGUGUUUUCAGUGUGGUCGGUGCAUCAAUGACAGCGAAUAUGAAGAAACCUUUUGUCUGGAGUUUUUGUGCUCUGAUUGUUCUAAGCCGUCCCCUAAGUUACCUCUCUAGGUAGAAAAUCCCAUCUGAGCCUUUCUUUUCAUUCUGAAUUGAAUGGCUCAGUUCUUUAUGGGCAAGCUUGUCCAUGAGUGUUAGGUUAUAUGGUAUUCUGUACAUAUAUUAGUAUGGCUUUAUUUGGUUUGGAGAAGUCAAAAAAGGGAAAAAAGAGUCGUCGAAUAGUUUGUAGGUGAAGACUAAACAAAGAAGUCUGUAAUGGGUGUAAUGGCAUCGAUGGUAAUCCGCUUUUAGUUUUAGGUUGAGAAACAAGUUACGGGAUGAGUUUGUCUGCUGUCUCGACUGGGACUUACACGCUACAUGUUGAUGGUUUAUUUGUUUGGAGAUAGUCAACAAGUAAAAAGGAAAAGACUAUGUAAAAGAAAGUUCCGAAUGGUAAGAGUAGUGUGUUUUGCAGCAGGCGGUGUGAUUUGUCAGCUGUUUUGGUGGCUGAAUUUGGAGGGUAAAGUAUUAAGAGGUUUUCCGGAUUGAUGGUACACUGAUGAAGACAUCUAAGAAGACCAUAAGAUCUGUAUUUUGGUUUAUUUUGUUUAAGAAAGUCGGGAAAUGGCUUAUUUGGUUUGAGAAAGUUGGGAAAAGAAAAGAUGGAGACGGCUGUUUGGUGUGCAGUUAAUUGGAAGACUACACAAGAAGAGACUACACUGUGUAUUGAUGGUAUUGGUAUUGUUGAAGGCAUCAGACGAGAAUAUAGGACUGAGAAAUUGAUGAUGUAAGAAGAGGUCUCUGGUUUGUAGAUGUGAGGGCAUACUAUAGUGUGGGCUUUUUUAGGUUUUGAGAAAGCGAGGAAAAGGAAAGAUUAUGAAUGCAGAAUGUUAAAAUCGAAGAAAGUGACGAGAGUAGUGUGGUUUGUCACCCUAUUAUGGUGGCUCGUGAGUUUGGGAAUUGAUUGUGCUAUCGAGAUUAUUUGGGGUUACUGGUACUCUACUGAAGCCAUUAUAGGAAGACAGCAAGAUUGACACUUAGGGUAAGAACCAGAUGAUCAUCAUUUGUGCUAUGUAAGGUGUGAAGGACAUGGUUAGUCUGCAUUCUUGACCGAGAUCUUAACUCCAUGUUGAUCAAGGUGUGACUUUUGUGAAAUAUUUGCUCAAUGGAUGUGAGCUUCAACUAUCUAGGAACUUAUUUAUUAAAAUAAAAUGUUAUGUUACAUCGUUUGUUUAGUAAUAAUUGUCAUAAAAUAAAGAUUUCUUUGGGUUUGGACAUCCAUUUGGCAUUAAAAUAAGAAAUAAUUAUUUGUAACUUUGAUUGUGCUCCAAAAAAAAAAAAAAGUUGUAAGUUUGAAUUGUUUUCUGUAUAUGCAACUAAAUAAACAAAUUUAAGAUUAAG